AUGGAAUCAGAAAAUGAUGCAGCUACUACAACUAAUCAAAAUCUAACAGGUCAUGAACCAUUUUCAAUUUACUUACCUGAAUAUGAAUCGACACCAGUGCAGAUCAAUAUUCCAAUCCAACAUUCAUCAAUUAACAUAGAAGAUAUUCAAAAUUAUGUUCGAGAUAAAGCUAAACAAACAUUGAAAGAAUACAAAAAUUUUAAAAUUUCAUUGCCACCAUCCAUUACAGGCAUACAAGAGACUGAUGGAGUCAAAUUUAGUUCAUUGUUUCAACUGCCGACUCUUAAUGAAUUAGAGCAAGUGGCUACAAACGAAAAUAGUUCAUUAAAAAAACUGACUGUUGAUCAAUUAGAAAGUGUUAAAAAAUCAGGAGAGUUUGAAGUGGAUAGUAACUAUUUUCCCGGUCAAAAACAUCGUUGGGCAUUAAGUGCUUUGUUACAAACAGGAACAGAAAAGGCGCAUGCAAUAUUCUAUAAAGAAUUAUCAUGGUCCUUGUAUUUACUAAUUAUAUUUGCACGCGAUCGAAUUCUUUCAAAUUGCUUUAGUUUAAAAGCGGCUCUUCGUUCAUGGAAACAUGGACUUCUUACUUUACUUGGUAGAUAUUAUGAAGCUCAAAAUACGUUGAUUGGACUACCCGCUAAUAAGUCUGAUGGGUUAAAUGAACAAAUUAACAAUGAACGGAAAAAAUUUCUUGUUAUAGAACUCUUACCGCAUAAUGAUGAACGUGAUAUUCAUCUUGCAUUUUGCGCACAAGUUCCUAUAUUGUUACAGUUUAUGGACGAAGAAAAACGUUAUACAUUGAGAAAAGAGCAGGUAAAACCACCAAAGAUGCUUCCAUAUCCACAUCAUUUUUUAACACCAUCAAAUAUUCACAUUGAUUUUCGUCUACACAAUCGAGAUCUCCAACAAAAAAUUCAAUCAAUUAUUCUUCGAUUGCUUGAUAAUAAUAUACCAAAAACAUGGUUUAAUACAACAAAACGGCAAUUAUUAGAUGAAUACAAACAUCAACCUGAAAAUUCUAUGCUUUCGAAAGAGAAUUUGGCGAAUAAGAUUAAUGAACGUAUAUUACAACUAUACUUGGAAAAAGUAUUUGAUAUAAUACAAAAUUCCAAAGAAAUUGAAAAAUGUUCAUCCGGUUUGGGCGAUUUGAUUGUUGCUCAUUCACGUUCAGUAUUAGUAAUGCAAGAUGUUGUGAAAUGUCUCAAUAAGCAAUUGGAAGAACAUUUGGAGAAUACAAAACAAACGUUGAUUAAACAACAUCCUAUUAAAUCAAAAAUACGACGUUGGCUAGAAGCUAAACUAGUUGAAGCACAAAUACUAUUUGUUAAAAGACAUGAAUGGGAUGCUCAUUUACAAGCAAUUGAACGAUGUAAAACUCUGGGUAAUCUGCAAGCUGCUUACUUUAUUCAACGUGAUUUGAUAUUUCGUAAAGAUAAUGAACGUGUGCUACGUAUGAAUUUGAAAGCUAUUAGUGAACCCGUACGAACCAUAUACCAAAGAAGAAAUAUUUGGUUUCCUGUGAAUUGGAUUGUUGAAAGAACAUAUCCACUACCUGUUCAGCAAAUUCCAACAACGUUUGCAUCUAAAACGGGUGAAACUGUAAAUGAUAAUCAAGGAAGACUUCUGACUGAUGCAGAUAUGUUAAUACCAUUUGUAAGUCCAGUUAGUUUUACUGCUCUGUUUUCUCCAAAACCGUUCACACCUGAUUAUGUACUGGAACAGAAAGAUUUAAAACUGCAUCCAAAUCGAAAUCGAAAAUAUCAAACAUUUUUAUCUCGGCUAAUGGCAAUAUGGACGAAUGUUCGACAGUCACGUACGAAAUUUGAAGCUCUGCCAGACAGAGGAGAAUAUGGUCGAAGAUUAUUUUGUUUAAUUAAUGUAAUUGUUAACAAUUUUAUACUUUGUGGAAUAUGUCAACCAGUAUUAGCUGUUCUCGCUGUUCUUGCCAGUCCAGUAAUUAGUUUUCUUGUAUUGAUCUAUAGUGUGUUACAUCGCUGUACACGAGGAUUAUAUGAUAAGAUUAUGUUUCACACUGUAAUCAAGCGUUUUGCACGUAUACCCGUUCAGGAUACUUUUCUUGCUAUGCGUGUUGCUGGUCCUGGUCUUGCAUCUCAGUAUUUCUAUCAGGUGGCACCUCCAGAAGUUUUAGCUGUAUUUGAAGCCUUCAUCGAGCAAGAAGAAUUGAAAACUUAUCGUUCAUAUAUCGAAAAAAUGUUGACAAAACCCAUUCAAGAAUAUGAAGAAUUUUUCAAUGAAGCGUUUCAUCCAUUUUCUGCAACUGUCACACAUCCAUCGGCGGACAAUGAGAAUGUUUAUUCCCGUAUGAUGAAAAACAAAGCAAAAUAUAUUGAUGAAUUAAAUGAUGCUGUUCAAAAACGAAUGAAAAUAUUAUCUUUGAAAAAAGAUGAUGAUUAUAGACGUAUUCGACUAACUGAAACUAAUUUAUCUCUUGUAUUGAUCGAAGCAGGACAACUUGUUAAAAAGUGGUAUCCUCAACGUAUUUUACCCUAUCUACAAAAGGAUAUAGAAUUGUUCUGGAAUUCGUAUGAUUUAGAACAGGACGACUGGAUCGGUCUUGCAAGUAAAUUGUUGAAGGAGUUAUUUUUUGAUCAUAUUUUGGUACCACUAGAGCAUACUGACGCCCACUAUAGCUUACAGAUUGAUCAUCUUAGUUUAAAGAAAUACGUCGAUAUGAUAAUCGAGGCUAAAGUACGUGAUGAUCUCGACGCCGUAACAAGUGUUUAUUUACCACAAUGUAAGGAUAAAAAUGUCUACACGAGAAAAGCUAGACAUCAUGGUCUUCUGUAUAGAUUUUUCAAUUGUGGACCAAAAUAUCUUUAUCAUAAUGACAAAUACACACCAGUUGAUUAUACUUCUGUAUCGUGUCAUUUCUCUAUCCCUAUUCAACUGCCCGAAGUGAUUUGUGUUUCUAUUAUAAUUUACAACCGUGAUAAUUCCGAUAAUACCAUGGUAUCACUUAAAAAUGUUUCACUUGAUGAUAUAGUUCAACUGAUUCACUAUAAUUCUCAAUAUUAUAAAACUCCAGUUUUACCCCGAUCAAUAGUUAGAAAUAUGGAUAAAAAUCAAAAUAAUAAUAAUGACGAUGAUCCAAUUCAUCAAGACAAUCUUCUUGCUCCAUCGACAGACGAUGAACUUUCAUCAAAUAUUGUUCAAUUAGAUGAGAAUUUGUUAUAA